AUGCUUGAGCGCCCUGGAAUCGAACAAGACUUCCGCAAGGAUUGGCAACGCCGGGUCCGAACCCACUUCGACCAGGCCGGCAAGAAGCUUCGUCGCCGCAAUGCCCGCCAGGCUAAGGCUGCUGCGGUCGCUCCCCGUCCCGUCGACAGGCUCCGCCCCGUUGUCCGGUGCCCUACCAUCAGGUACAACCGGAAACUGCGCGCCGGCCGUGGUUUCUCUCUGGCCGAACUGAAGGAGGCCGGUAUCCCCCGCCGCUUCGCCCAGACCAUUGGCAUUGCCGUCGAUGGCCGCCGCCAGAACCUCUCCGAGGAGGGCCUCGCCGCCAACGUGGCCCGGCUGAAGGCCUACCAGGAGCGCCUGAUCCUGUUCCCCCGCAAGGCCGGCAAGCCCAAGAACGGCGACUCCCCCGCCGAUCUCACCCAGACCGCCACCGUCUCCAGCAUCGCCAAGGCCCUCCCCAUCGAAGCCCUCGCGGCCGGCUUCUCCGAGAUCAGCAAGAGCGACCUCCCCGCACCCAUCGAGGGCGGUGCCUACCGCGCUCUCCGCGUGGCCCGCAGCGACAAGCGCAACGCCGGCAAGCGGGAGAAGCGGGCCAAGGACAAGGCCGAGGCCGAGGCUGCUGCCAAGAAAUAAAGCAACCGCGCAUACAGCUGCUCCUCCCCUUUUUCACAAGGAGUUGGUUUUGUGUUGUGCGUUUUUGCUCGUUUCCUUGGUUCGUCCGUUUUGGUCGUUCGGGCUGGGCUGGGGUGGGGGCUGGGUUAGCAUUGGUAUCGGUUUCUUUUGACGCACAAAACAACAACGCUGCACAACGGCUCUGGCUGCUUUUAGGAAUGUUUGUUGGAGGUUGUGGGAAACGAUGAGAAACGCACGGGAGUCUCU